AUGAAUAGUCAGACGGAAACGUCAAAAAGUAAACAUCAACUGGAAUGUCUAAAGAAGGAAGUUGGAUCGAAACUGCGAAUUUUUCCGGAUUUUCCUAAGCCGGGGAUCAAAUUUGUAGAUGUGAUGGUAUUAAUGCGCUAUCCGCUACUGCUCGAAGAACUUUGUGCAGCAGUAGCUCAACAUGCCCGUGUUGAAAUGCCUGUCACAAUAGAUGCAGUUGCUGGUUUGGAAGCUCGUGGUUUCUUAUUUGGUCCCCAAAUCGCGAUGAUGUUGAAGGUGCCAUUUGUUCCAAUUAGAAAGAAAGGUAAACUACCAGGAAGAACACACAAAGAAGUCUAUCAGAAAGAAUAUGGCGAAGAUGUAAUCGAGGUACAAGAAGAUGCAAUCAAGCAGGGUUCAAAGAUAUUGUUGGUGGAUGAUCUUUUAGCAACGGGUGGUAGUUUAAAAGCAGCCGUAUCACUGGUUGAAAAGGCUGGUGGUGACGUGGCUGGAGCGUUCACAUUAAUCGAACUUGCUUACCUAGAACCACGAAGACAUUUACCGGAGCAUAUCCAUAUUCAUUCUUUUAUUACUUUGACUGAAUAG